GCUACCAUUCCCAGCCUCACAGUCCAAAAUUUGUGUUCACUGUUCAUUAGAAAAGCCCGGAAGAUAGUAAUGUGAGUGGGAAUCACACGCACGCACAACUCCGAUUGGAUGGCUGCUCCGGCGGUGGAGGGUGCAGCAGUGACGGCACUGCGGGCGUUGUUGCACCGAGUCAGGCAGGCGGCGGAGAGGUCUGGCCGCCGGGCCGAUGACGUCAGGUUGGUGGCAGUCAGCAAGACGAAGCCCAUCUCUCUCAUCCGCCAAGUCUACGACGCCGGUCACCGAUGUUUCGGCGAGAAUUACGUCCAAGAGUUCGUCGACAAAGCGCCUCAGCUUCCUGAGGACAUUGAGUGGCAUUUUGUUGGGCAUUUGCAGAGCAAUAAAGUGAAAUCACUUCUGGCUGCUGUUCCAAAUCUUGCCAUGGUUGAGGGUGUAGAUAAUGAGAAGAUUGCAAAUCAUCUGGAUUGUGCAGUUUCAAGCAUUGGAAGAAAGCCUUUGAAGGUCCUGGUCCAAGUGAAUACCAGUGGAGAGGCAUCAAAAUCUGGUGUUGAGCCAUCAGCAUGUGUAGACCUCGUGAAACAUGUUAAACUGGGCUGCCCAAAUCUUGAGUUCUCUGGCUUAAUGACAAUAGGGAUGCCAGACUAUACAUCAACUCCAGAGAACUUCAAGGUGUUAUUGAACUGUAGAGCUGAGGCUUGCAAAGCAAUUGGAAUGGCAGUGGACCAAUGUGAGCUUUCAAUGGGCAUGUCUGGUGACUUUGAGUUGGCGAUUGAAAUGGGCAGUAGCAAUGUGAGAGUUGGAUCAACCAUAUUUGGACCAAGAGAGUAUCCGAAGAAACAAUGAAGUAGUAAUCUUCAUGCAUCCAGCUCUUGCUUGUUCAUGAUUAGACUGUAUAUUCAUGUAAUUCUUAAACUGUUAGAUCCUUAUAAGGCAUACACCUCUCAUCUGAUAUGUUUUGACUUUGUAUAUUCAUGUAAUUCUC